CGCUCGGCGCCUGGGGCGGGGGCGGACUCGCGCGAGUGAUUUAACAUGGCGGAAAAUGGUGUCUUGGCGGCUCCGAGCCCGCGGGGGCGUGCGGAUGGGGAGGACGCGGAGCCCCCGGAAGAGCGAAUGGCAGAAACGCCGAGAGAUGAUCAGGAGCAGUUUGAGUGCCAGGAACUACUGGAAUGCCAGGUGCAAGUGGGGGUCCCAGAGGAAGAGGAAGACCCGGGCCUAGUGGCCGAGGCUGAGGCGGUCGCUGCUGGCUGGAUGCUCGAUUUCCUCUGCCUCUCUCUUUGCCGGGCCUUCCGCGACGGCCGCUCUGAGGACUUCCACCGGACCCGCGACAGCGCAGAGGCUAUUAUUCAUGGGCUGUCCAGUCUAACCGCUAAUCAGUUGAGAACUAUAUUCAUAUGUCAGUUUUUGACAAGAGUUGCAGCAGGAAAAACCCUUGAUGCACAGUUUGAAAGUGAUGAACGAGUUACACCCUUGGAAUCCGCCCUGAUGAUUUGGGCCUCAAUUGAAAACGAACAUGACAAACUUCAUGAAGAAAUACAGAAUUUAAUUAAAAUUCAGGCGAUAGCUGUUUGUAUGGAAAAUGGCAAUUUUAAAGAAGCAGAAGAAGUCUUUGAAAGAAUAUUUGAUGACCCAAAUUCUUAUGAGCCUUUAAAAAGGAAAUUGCUUAUGGUAAUCUCUCAGAGAGAUACAUUCCACUCCAUUUUUCAGCACUUCAGCUACAACCACAUGAUGGAGAAAAUUAAGAGUUAUGUGAAUUGUGUAAUAAGUGAAAAAUCAUCAGCCUUUCUUAUGAAGGCAGCAGCAAAAGUAGUGGAAAGUAAAAGAGCAAGAACAACUUCUCAAGAGAAACCUGAUGGUAACAGUAUUGAAAUGGAAACUGAAGCUAAUUUGGAUGUAGGAAAAAGUGUUACUACUGACAAAAAGUCUGCUGGAACUGAAUCCUCAGAGGGUACAGUAUCUUUAUUGAGGUCUCACAAGAAUCUCUUUCUAUCUAAAUGGAAACACAGAAGCCGACAGCAAGAUUUUAAUAAGAAAGAGGAAAGAGUGGAAACUCUUCAAAGUAGAGGAAAGGAAAAAAACAGACAAACCACUGAAAGCAAGAGAAGACACAUUUUGAACAGUCAGCCAGUAACUUCCAGAAAACGUCGAUCUAGGAAAAAACAGGCAUGGCUCUGGGAAGAAGACAAGAAUCUGAGAUCUGGUGUGAGGAAAUACGGAGAGGGACACUGGUCUAAAAUACUAUUACAUUAUAAAUUCAACAACCGAACAGGCGUCAUGUUAAAAGACAGAUGGAGGACUAUGAAGAAGCUAAAACUAAUUUGCUCAGACAGUGAAGACUGAAUGUGUUUGUAAAAGCUUGGUAAAAUGGCAGUUAAAUAGUUUGAUCACGGCAUUUUGUUUGAAACCGGUGGUCAUUGAUGUGUCUUAAAAUUCUUAUCUAAAGCUUUACAGUAUGAUUACAGUGUCACUUUAAUCUGAAGAUUGAUGCUAUAAGAGUAAAAUUCUAUGCCAUCAUUGCAUUCUUAAAGAAUAUUUUUCCUUUGAAAAAAUGUAAAUUUGUUGAACCCUGGUGCUUUCAAUAAUCUUAUCCCCAAAUCUUAUCCCCCCGCCAAAAAAAAAAAAAAAAAACCAUGAAAACCUGGUAAGAGAAAAAAUGUAUUCCUGUUAACCUAUUCUGCAUCUGUAGGCUGACUUCACCUUGGUAACACACAUAAAAGUAAAGUUUCUCUAAGACUUGAUUUAUGGCUUUAAUAUAUUAGUUACUAAUAUGCUUAUUUAUAGAAUGUACAAAGCAAUCCAUGACUUGUAAUAUACUUAAAUUUUCCUUACAGUAGUUUCAUAUAAGGGAGAAAACUUAAAAAUAGUAAUAUCCAUACAACAAAAUUUGUACUAUUACCAAGAAUAGCUUCAUGUCUCAUUUAGGUACAUUUAACUUUGUUUCAGUGUUAAAAAAAUCUGCUUUAUAAUAUGGUCCCAUAAAUACCAGUUUCUAUGAUAUUUUCAUUUAAUACGUCAGUAUUGGGCCUAAGUAGUAUUCUGUAAAUGCUUAAAUUGGUAUUAACCAUGAUUAUUUGAUGUCUGUGUUAAAUGCUAAAUAAACAAUGUCAUAAUACCUUAACAAUUUUAAGUUCUCACCAGCCUUUUAUUCUUUAGAGGAUUUAGUCAUAAACCAAGAGCAUUCUUUGACAUUUGGAGUCACAUGUGCUUUAUUUAAUGAGUGAAAAUAUUGAAGUAUUGGUGUACAAAAUUAAAUGGGAGUAUUUUGUAAUCUGUAUUGCAUUUCUUAUUAAAGUUGCAUACAUUA